ACUGGUUAUCCAAGACACAAAGUGUCAAAACUCUGUAGUAAACAAGCCCAAAAAAUAGAAGUUUCCUGUUGAUUUUCCGCUAAAUUGUGAGCAAGUGAAUAAUUCAGGGACGAUGGCAUGCUUUGCAAAAAGUCCCUCAGAUCUCUCCCUGUCGAUUCCCACAAUCGUGGAGACGGAUGGAGUGACGCAGUAUGAAAUAGAAGUGAAAAUUGGUGAAGUGUCCUGGCGUGUUUUGCAUCGAUACAGGGAUUUCCAGGAGCUCCAUGAGAAGCUGGUGGAGCUAGUCAGUGUCUCUAAGGAUCUCCUGCCACCGAAGAAGGUGAUUGGCAAUAGAAAUCCUGCCUUUGUGGAGAAGCGAAAAGCUGGCCUGGAGAAGUACCUGAGGGAAGUUCUAAUUUACCUUCAGCUGACAAUGCCCAGGGAAUUUGUGGAGUUUCUCAAUCUGCAUGAGUAUGACAUUAUCUAUUUGCUGCACACAAUGGCGGAGAAGUUCUACCUUGACGGGGAUUCUGUACUCAAUAAUUCCAAGAGUUAUGUCUUUUCCGUCCUGGAGCUGUAUGCCAUCAGUGAGAGGCUGAAACUGCCCUCGGAGGUGUCAGAGAAGAAGUAUGAUUUUUCUCAUGUGUUGGAUUUCUGCUCGCAACUGCAGAAAAUUGCUGUGGUUCCGAGGAAGUCAGAGAAUGCAAUUGAGGGCAGAAGUCGGACAGAUACUCCUCUGGGGAGCAGUAAUAUCAUCCCUAAGACUCUCAAAUUUGACUUGGUGGCCUUUAAGACACUGCAGGAGAUUCAGUUGAUUGGAAUUAGUCCGGAAAAUGUGUCAAAUGCUGCAACCAUUCGGGAUACUCUCAAGACUCUCCUGGUCCAUUUGACAGACACCCGGACACUUAGUGACAUUCUCCUCUGUGAUGACAUCCACAAGACGGCUGUGAAUGAUCCCGCGAAGGUGUGGAAGUGCGUGGAAAUUGCAAAUUUUGCUGACAAUAAAAUCAACUCAAUUGACGAAUCCAUCAAACUUCUGCCCAAACUUUCGACGCUCAUCCUGGACAGGAAUGAGUUGACAUCUGUUCAGAAUCUCAAUACAUUGCCCAGCCUCAGUUCACUCAGUUUGACGGAAAAUCAAAUUGCUCAGUGUCCAGAUUGGCAUCUGGAACUUGGGAAUCUCGUGACGCUGAUCCUCUCGCAGAACUUCAUCCAGAGCUUAGCUGGCUUCCGGAAGAUGUACUCCCUGGUCAGUCUCGAUGUCAGCUGCAAUCAAAUUGGGGAAAUUGACGAAGUGGAUCAUCUGGCUAAGUUGCCUUGCCUCGAGAAUAUCAAACUCACGGGAAAUCCCGUGGCAGGAAGUAUUGACUAUCGCUCAAAAGUCCUCUCGAGAUUCGUCGAGCGGAUCUCCGAGAUCUACCUGGACAAUGAGAAAGCAUCGCAAAAGGAGGUGGAUACCGCCCUAGUAUUAGCUGCCUUGAAGAUAUCCCAGGACAAAAGGGACAGUCCCAAGAAGGUUUCCUCCAGCCUGGGAUUCCUCAGAUGAUCUUCCCACCCUCCCAAUGUAUUUACAACAAAUUAUUUUUAUCCAAAAUGCCUGUAAAUAAGCAAGAGAACAAAAUAUACAACAGAAAAAAAA